AUGGUACGACAUUUUCGUUUUUCUUGCGUAAACCCGACGGCUCGGGAAACGGCCGAGAGUUUUUCCGGCACCAGCGCUGUGCAAAAGUCGUUUACGUCACCGCCGGCCAACGGGGAAAAAACGAAAAUACAUUUGCCCGAAGCGGGCAAAUGUAAACAGUACAUCGGCAGAGCACCCACACCCCACGACGGGUCUAGUCGGCCGCUUCCGGUAAUUGGCCAACAACUCAGUUCUCGAUACGGAGAUCUGGCAAUAAUUGCCGCAUGUGCACACCCACAGCCCACAUUACGACCCAGAACCAGCCGCACCCGGCCGGAAAAACCUAUGCGAGAAUUUCUCAAACUCGCGCGCAUCGCAACUGUGUUUCCCAAUGCGGCACUUCCCGGUCUCGAGGGCUUUAACAAUCUUUUGACGGGAAUGGACAUUUUUCAAACGCUUUGUUUCUUUUCCACCAUGAAAAAACCUCUCGAGACCGUUUGCGUAUUACGUUUUUGUUGUUUUUUUCCCUCGUUCACAGAGAUUCUGAAGAAGUUAUAG